AUGUAAGCUAAGGAAUUUAUUUAAAGUUUAUGAAAACGCCGGAAUUCUCGAUUCGCUCACUCGGACCAGAGUACUCAUGUCAUCCAAUUAUCUUGAGUUCGAUGUCUACGAUCCACUAGAUGCUCUUUCUCAAAGAUCCUAAUGGUCUCCACCCAGUUGGCGCUACCCGCUGUCUAGUCCCACUUGAAAAGCCCAUAAUUGCCGGUGAUGCUAAAAUUCUAGGACAGGAAGACGUCGGUCUGCGGUUAGAGGAAGUCUCUUUCACGAUCUUCUAUCCAACACAUGUGCCUCCGGGAGACAAGAGGUAUAAAAAAGGACUCCGUUGGCUUACUGGACCUUUACAGACAGAAAUAACUGGACUGGGGCACUUCGCUGGUGUGUCCCGCUGGAUGAUCUGGCUGAUCCUCGCGCCAUUCCUAUACGCGUACGGUCAGUUCAUCAAGAUCCCUGUCUAUGAAGAUGCGCCUUUGCUGUAUCCCUCAGAAGAAGGGGCGAAAUGGCCUCUCGUGAUUUUCUCUCAUGGACUGGGCGGAAGUCCCACCACUUAUAGCCAGCUCUGUGUUCGAUUGGCUGCGUCAGGGAAAAUAGUAGUUGCAGUGGAGCAUCGGGAUGGGACUAUGCCAUCUUGCUUCGCGCCAUACAACGGACGUAAUAGGCGAUUGCUGUAUAUCAGAGAAAGUGAAGUUUCUUGGGCGGAAAAACCUCGAGAUGUCCUACAACUUCGCUUGGAUCAACUCAGCAUUCGUCAACACGAAAUAUACACUACAUAUGCAGCGUUCGCGAAGCUGGUAUGCAGCUCAAAUAAGGAUAACAAUUUUGGAGCUUUCGUUCACUUUGUUGGCGACCUCAGCAGAGAGCCAGAUUUUCAAGAAACCUGGUCUAAUGCACCUAUUGACGUUGAAGACGUAUGCCUAGCGGGACACUCAUUUGGUGGAUGCACGGUGUUUUCCAUCCUGUCAUCUAUGUCCCCCAUAGCACCUGGAGGAAAUACUUACUCUCGAAUUCCUGUCCGCGAUACGCUCAUCCUCGAUCCGUGGUUGGAGCCUCUCCCGUCUCCGGGGCCUACGCCAUAUUCCGGUGUAGGUCAGGGAGUGACUCACGAUAACGCGACCGUCGCCGGCGAUCAGUUCAAUGGAGAUGCUGAAGAUGGCAGUGGUCACAUUGGUUCCCGCUUACUGGUCAUCAACUCUGAGGCAUUCACGCUUUGGACGUCACAUUUUGAGAGAUUAAAAGAAACUGUGAAGGGCUGGGGUCCAGAUGCAAAACUGGUAACACUUCUCCAAUCUGCACACACAUCCUUCUCCGACUAUCACGUCUUUCCACUCAUAGGUAACAAGGCUGGCGCACAUCUGAUGGAUGUCAUUUCGAAAUUAUCUCUUGCAUUCCUGAACAAUCCAAGUAACAACUGGCUUUCAGAGAGUGAAUUGAAGAGCACUGCCGAUAUUUUAUACAGGAUGCCCGAGAAGAUUGUCAUAGGUAAAUGGAAGGAUGGACGUAAUAGACAUAGAUUGGUGGGGGAAGUAGGGCAGGUGGUGGUUCAUUAGUUCUAUGUUUAGAAUGGCCCGGAUCAAUGU